GCGAAGGCAUUCUCUCUCCAAACGUCAAUGAGUGCGGAUGUGCAAAGCAAGUUACUACCGUUGGUGCAAUUGAUCAAGAAUUGAAGCAAAAAUAAACUCAAACAAUUGGAACUUAUAUAAAAGCGUGAAAAAGCGACUUUCAAAAUUGUUCUUUGUUGUGAAACCAUUCCCCAGUGAGUGAUUAUCGUACAAUUAACUCUGUCCAAGCAGUGCCACAGAAUAGUUUUAUCUUUCCUUCGCUCUGUGUGUGAGUGUGCGUACGUGCGUGUGGUGUAGAUUGCGAUUCGUUAGUGUGUGUGUUCGUAUAUCGUGUAAAGGAAAAGGAGUGAAACAGAAGGGAGGGGAUUGUAUUAUUGUUUUCGCCAAUUUAUUUCCCCGAAAUUGACCGUCCGGCAUCGCCCGCGGGACAAAUUAAUAAUACUCGUUCGGUUCAAACCCGUACACCCGGUAGGGCAACCUUUCCUUUCCCCCCUCCCCACGAAAAGCACGCGUUCUCGGAGCACAAGGCGCACGUUACAUCACUUCGCGUAUAUCGCGCGCGGCGUGCGUUUUUCGCCUGCUGCGGACAGGCCGUGGCAACGUAGAAAGAACGGCGUGAGACCUAGGCAAUUGGAAUCAUCCUUAUCAGCGUGUAAUCGGCUAGUGAAAGCGCAAACACAAAUGAUCGGAAUCGUUUCGUCACGAGAGUAAGAAGGUCGGCAGAGAAGAAGAGCGAAUCGUUUUUUUCUUCCCAUUUUGCUCACGGAGAGAGCACGGAGAGCAGGAGAAGCGGUACGCUCGUGUGCGUGUGCGAACUCCAUAGAAACGGUGUGUGACACGGUGUUUGUGUGUGUGUGUGUGGGUAAGAGAAACGGAAAAAAAACAUUACAAAAAAGGGCCAGAUACUUUGUGUGUGCACACAGCAUUGUAGCACUUUUUUCCCCUGUUUGCACGAAACCGAUAAGAGGCAGCCCCCAGGAAGGCACACCAAUCUUCGCUACAGCCGUCAUUGCCGAUAAAUUAUGUCACAGCGUGACCGGGAAUCCUUCAUUCACUUAUUCGCCGGAGGUAUCGCUGGUACUGCUGGCGCCGUAGUGACAUGUCCGUUGGAGGUGGUAAAAACGCGCCUGCAAAGCUCGUCCUCGUCGUUCAUCCAUGCGGCCGCCUCCACUAGACACGCUGCGCUCGCUGCCGAUGGCGGGAAACUGACCGACCAUCAUCACGUACGCCACGUGUCCGCCACUGUCAACAGCGCAUCGUCCGCAGCCGAUCGGCACCACAGUGCCGCCCGCCAUCAGCAGUCACGAGUAUGCGCUAGCACGAUCCUGACCCGGCGUCGUCCUUCGAUCCUGGCCAUUCCGCAAUGUGGCCUGUCGACCUCGGUACAAUCGAUCAGCAUCUGGCAAUGCCUGAAGCACAUCGUCCAAACCGAAGGGUCACGCGCAUUGUUCAAGGGUCUCGGGCCGAACAUCGUCGGUGUGGCGCCAUCGCGGGCGAUCUACUUCUGCGCCUACUCUAAGACAAAGAACUCGCUGAACACAGUCGGCAUCAUACCGGCCAACUCGCCGCUGGUGCACAUACUGAGCGCAUCCUGCGCCGGGUUCGUCUCGUCCACCGCCACCAACCCGAUAUGGUUCAUCAAGACGCGCAUGCAGCUGGACAGCAAUGCCCGCAUGACGGUGGGCGAAUGCGUCCGGCGCAUCUACGAGUCGCAGGGCGUGCGCGGCUUCUACAAGGGCAUCACGGCCAGCUACGUCGGCAUCUCCGAGACGGUGAUCCACUUCGUCAUCUACGAGGCUCUGAAGAAGAAACUGCUUGAGCUACGCCAGUCAUCCCCGGCAGCGAAGGCCCUUGCAUCCGGUGACGCCGCUGCUGGCGAGGGUGGAAAAACGUCGCGCGACUUCCUGGAGUUCAUGGCGGCCGGUGCUACGUCCAAGACGAUCGCAUCGGUAGUGGCGUAUCCGCACGAGGUCGCCCGCACCCGGCUCCGGGAGGAGGGGAACAAGUACCGCAACUUCUGGCAGACGCUGCUGACCGUCUGGAAGGAGGAAGGCAAAGCCGGCCUCUACCGCGGACUGGGAACGCAGCUGGUACGACAGAUCCCGAACACCGCGAUCAUGAUGGCGACCUACGAGGCCGUCGUGUACGUGCUGACCAACCCGGCCAGCGCUAGCCUGCUGCCGACUGGGGCGGGCAACUGAGAUCCGGUCACGGGGCUUCAGCCGCCGCCCCACGAUGGGAAGCAGCUGCUGGUGUUGCGGGAAGGCGCAACCGUCGAUGGUGGUGAUUUUCUGCUGCAGGAGGACGACGCCUUACCUCCACCUUCGCUGGCAUUGCUUUCAACCGCUCUGGCCUCGCUGGUGGACACCACACGCAGCACAAUGGUUGCCGCUUCCAUCGACCAGCAACAGCAGCAGCAACCGCUCAUUGUCGUGAUGGCGGGUGGCGCCACGGCCGAGCAGGUGGAACCGGUGGGCACCGACAGCCCUGCAUUGAUUGUGCAUUGUAUUUGUGAUUUCUUCGUGGAUCUGUAAGGUCUAGGGAAGGGAUGAUAUUACUGUGGUUUUUGCUAGCACGUAAGUUUUUUUUUGCCGAUAACAAAGCGUAGAAUUUUAGCACUUGGAGAAGGGGAAGGGACGAAACAUUACACUAACUACAGAGUAUGGUUAGCGCAGAUAUAUAGAUAUACACAUAAUACGAGUAUUUAUGCACAUUUUGGGGACUCGCCAACAGGGCGUUUUUUGGGUGGGAAAAGGAGAAGCACAGACAGGUGUAACGAAAAGGCAUACAAAAGGCGUUGAAGAGAGGGAAACGAAAUGGAUUUUUGCUACACAUGAAGAAACAAGCCGGAACAUAAUAGAACUAGACUAGUAGACUCACACACGGGAGAAAGGGAGCAGUUCGCCCCGCCAUCAAAGCUCGUGCCGAAACCGCCCCUUUCAUCCUACAUAGACUGAUUGUACGUAUGAUGCGCGCAUAUGCUGGAAACGGAAUCAAAGAAAUCAAAGCUGAGAUUGGUUUUACGUUUCGUAAAUUCUUCGUUUAUUUGUUUUGUUUGUUAAUGCUGCAGUGCUUUAGGGAAGGUAUAUGCGCUUCGUUGAUACGAUUGCGGUUUACAGUUCUUGAUCGUAGGGUUUGUUUUUUUCCGUUACCCAAUACCCCCAAAUUUGUGUAGCCAUAGUGUGUAGUAACGAAAACUUAGUUGUAUUAGUGAGUAGGGUCUUGUUUUGUUGUUUUAUUUUCACACUACCAGGAACCCUUAAAGGAGUAGGGACGUGUUGAGGAGAUGUUUCCCUUGCUUUCGUACUUUUCCUUUUUCAGGUGAGCGGAGAUACGAUCACGCGAAAAGUCCAAAUACGAAAGUUUAACGGGGAACAGAUUUCGCAAGCGUUGAGGGAGUGAGAGAGAGAGUUCAAGGAAAAUUAUAUUAAUUUUUGUCAAAACUCAAUCCCGCUUCAUUACCGAUUUUACGAACGCGAAAGCGCCGUGAGAGAAUUCCAAUCGCGUGAAGCGCUACUUUACCGUUUUUUUUUUCGUUUGGUUUCGAAUCAGUGUCAAUUGUACUGUGUGUAUGUGGGCUGUAUGGCCUAUAGAAGCAGGGUGAAAUUCGCUCAAAAUCUUCCAUUUAUUUUCAGUGGAACAGAGGGAAAAGGUGCGAACGGCUAUGCCAUUUUCGAACAAUUAUGUUAAUUGUGGCAAAAUGUUGAAAGUGCGUUUGCGAUUUGUAAAACUGAUUUGUUAAAUGCAGUCAGACAGACGAAGGCCAUUGAAAUAAGCAACAGCAGCACAAGCCAGCAGUAAAUAGCAGUACAAAUAGAAUUGUUUUCCUUAGCCAAUAUGGUAUGUAGAAGAAAUAAGCGAACCGCGGUUUCCUCUAUACAGAGAUAGAGAGAAAGGGCAAAUGUUCGUCAUAACAACAGCAGCAGAAAACAAUGUAUUUACUCUUGCAGCCCUCCCAUACAUGUAGCUGGUAGUUUGUGAACGAAGCCAAACAACUAAAGGGCAACAAACUUAGUCCGGAAAUACCAAAAUGAGUCACGCUUCGAGUCGUACGACGGAAGGUCUUUAAAUCCUAUCAAGUGCAACGAAUCGCCAUUCGCCAUUUGGAAUGAUGAAUGUUAUUUGAUGAAUGUUUGUUGGCAAGAAACAGGGUGGGGGAAAGGAGGUCCAUUACUACUGCGUGGUUCGUUCAGAAAGGCGUCAACGAAAAAAUGACAACAACCGACGGAAUGCAGACCGGGCGACAUGGUUGAUUAAUGCGCAUUGGUUGCGCGAGCUUGCGUUUGUGUCUGCGUCUUGAGUGAAGCAAGAAAAAUGAGCAUACACACCAUCAUAAUUAGUGUUUUAAAAAUAGUAUCGGGUCAUCCGAGAGCAACAGUAGAAGAAGAGUCAGUGUCUUCGACAGCGCCGGAAAAACUGUCAACAAAACCUUUGAAACCAUACAGGAGAGGCCUAUUAUAUUGCCUAUAGCAAGGGAUAUAUAUUUGCCCGACAAACAUCUUUCCUCAGUAAACAACCUCCUUUCCGAUCAACCGUUUGCAAUUACCAAAAAUUAUAAAUGAUGUGCCAAAUCAAAGUACAGAAAACACAGACCGCUUGGUUGGUCGCAUCCCUUGUGGCACGAACUAAUAACACUCUCCCACAUACUGUUUCGACCUACCCUAAUGGGUUAGCGCACCUCGGUCGAUGCAUUUAGAUGGCGUAAUCCGGUUUGACGUUGGUCUGGUGGGAUGUUCUUCUUUUUUUGGUGGCGCGUAUGAACGAACGUUGUGUCCCCCCUGCUGCCGCGGCAACAGUUGCCCAUUUGUCGGCCCAAAGUCGGCUAUUUGCCAGCAAGAUCUGAACGAAUGCAUGGUAAUGGCGCCCUCCUGUUAAAGAAUGGUGGCAAUGAUGAUGUAACAAAACAAUAAUUACCGAAUUGCUGUAGCAGCGCGAGACUUAAUAACGUAGAGUACAAGCUAUAUAUGAGCCAUAAUCACUUUAAUUCGCACAAAUGUAGCAGCAAGUGACGAAGUGUGUCUAAAGACAGCAGUGUAAAGUGAACGAUUCGAUGCGAUAUGCGAUAUUUAGCAGGCAAUGUUAAUGCCCCAAGCAUUAGGUUGGGCAAUUAGUCACAAAACUAGCCACAAAACACG